AUAUAGGAAAACACUGUCUUGCAUAUGAUAGAAACAGACAUUAUUCAAAAAAAAGGAAUUUGCUAAAACAAAUUUAACAAAGUUAACGACUGGGUUUGCAGGAGUUUUGAAAGGUUUUUUCCCCAAAUAAAUGCAAAGUAUCUUUUUGUCCACUACCUAAAAUAUGCAACUUUGGGUAAAAAUAUGCAUUUUUAAGAAAGAUACCAUCAGCACAGAGGAAUCUGAAAGAGGUUUGAAGAGUUGUUACUUCUGUUAUACAGGUGCUGUGUAAAAGAAUGAGACAGACAAACAACUACACAUCUUCCAAAGCCAAGAGGUAUUUUUAGAUUGAAGGCUACCUCACAGAAUAAUUAAAAUAGCUCUCUAUCUUAGCAGAGGUUUAUGAUUAACGUGUAUGACAUUUGUACAGUCUACCAAUGCCUGUUAAUGGCCACAUUUGGAUCUUCAAAUUUUCCACCGUAUAUUUUAUAUCUGGAGAAAACCUUGGACUAGAGAUAAGACCACCACCAAAAACGUAUUUCUAGCAGCUCCCACGUCCAGUCAGCCAGUCUGGGUUUGAGAUCCAAUCAAGACCAUGAAGUGCCUGCUGCUUCUCGCCUUUAUUGGGGUGGCUGUUGCCUUCCCCACCUUUGCUGAAGAUGAUGAUGACAAGAUUGUGGGAGGCUACACCUGUGCAAGGAACGCUGUGCCCUAUCAGGUGUCCCUGAAUUCUGGAUAUCACUUCUGUGGAGGUUCCCUCAUCAGCAGCCAGUGGGUCCUGUCGGCUGCUCACUGCUACAAAUCUCGCAUCCAAGUGCGGCUCGGGAAACACAACCUGGAGCUCUCUGAAUCCACACAGCAGUAUAUCAACUCUGCUAAAGUCAUCCGCCACUCUGGCUUCAACACCUACACCCUGAACAAUGACAUCAUGCUCAUCAAGCUGGCCACCCCAGCCACGCUCAGCAGUGCUGUCCAAACCAUUCCUCUGCCUACCAGCUGCGUGGCCGCCGGAACCACCUGCCUGAUCUCCGGCUGGGGCAACACUCUCAGCGAUGGCACUAACUACCCCGAACAACUGCAGUGUCUGAAGGCUCCAGUCCUCUCUGCCAAGCAGUGCUCUGCUGCCUACCCUGGGAAAAUCACCAACAACAUGAUGUGUGUAGGAUUCGUGGAGGGAGGAAAAGACUCCUGCCAGGGAGAUUCUGGCGGUCCCGUGGUCUGCAAUGGAGAGCUCCAGGGCAUUGUCUCCUGGGGUUAUGGAUGUGCCCAGCAGGGCCUUCCCGGAGUUUACACCAAGGUUUGCAACUACGUCUCCUGGAUCCAGUCCACCAUCGCCUCCAACUGAGAUGCUCACUUGGCGUGAC